GCGCUCGCAGUGCCGUGCACAACAUUCCUCACUGUCUCUCCUCACCUCCUGAAUCGUAGGAUGCAUCGGAUAUAAAAAAAAACACACACUCACGCCACAAGCCAUGGGGAAAGAUCAGGAAUUACUGCAAGCUGUCAAGACCGAAGAUGUACCUGCAGUGCAGAAGCUGUUGCAGAGACCGAAGCAAGGCAAAGCGAAGCUUUUAGGAUCUGCCAAGAGGGUGAAUGUGAACUUUCAAGACCUGGAUGGAUUUUCUGCUCUGCACCAUGCUGCCCUCAAUGGGAACACCGAGCUCAUCUCUCUGCUGAUUGAAGCCCAGGCCACCGUGGAUAUCAAGGACAACAAAGCAAUGAGACCGUUGCACUAUGCUGCAUGGCAAGGAAAGGCUGAGCCAAUGAAAAUGCUCCUGAAGGCAGGAUCGAGCCUCAACUCCCAAUCAGAUGAAGGUCAAAUCCCGCUGCAUCUUGCCGCACAGCAUGGACACUAUGAAGUGUCUGAGAUGCUUUUGCAGCAUCAGUCAAAUCCGUGUAUAGUGGACAUUGCUGGAAAGACGCCCUUGGACCUGGCCUGUGAAUUUGGCAGAGUUGGGGUGGUGCAGUUACUCCUAAGCAGCAACAUGUGUGCUGCCUUGCUUGAAGCAAAGCCUGGGGACAUUACUGAUCCCAAUGGUACCAGCCCCCUACACCUGGCUGCUAAGAAUGGACAUAUCGACAUUAUAAGGCUUCUGCUACAGGCUGGAAUCGAUAUCAAUCGUCAGACAAAGGCUGGAACAGCUCUACAUGAAGCCGCACUGUGUGGGAAGACCGAUGUGGUCCGUUUGCUACUGGAAAGUGGGAUUAAUGCACACAUCAAGAACACUUACAAUCAGACAGCCCUGGACAUUGUUCAUCAAUUCACAGCAACGCAAGCAAGCAAAGAGAUCAAACAAAUGCUCAGAGAUGCCUCCGCUGCCCUGCAGGUCAGGGCUGUAAAGGACUACUGUAACAAUUAUGACCUGACCAGCCUUAAUGUGAAAAUGGGGGACGUUAUUACAGUUCUGGAGCAGCAUCCUGAUGGGAGGUGGAAAGGAUGUAUCCAUGACAACAGAACUGGCAACGACAGAGUGGGAUAUUUCCCAUCGUCUAUUGCGGAGGUGAUUAACAAGAGAUCAGGUUCUUGGGAUGCAGUUAUUUAUGCCCACAGUUCUCAGCAAUAUCACAAGAUACAGCUCACGGCCUAUGGCACAGCAAUAGUCAAUGGUGACUCCUCUCAUCACUUUAAUUCCUUGCCACCACCCCCUCCACCUCCUCCUUUCCAUCAUCAGCCACUUUUCAGUUCCUUUGGUUAUCACAGAGCCAAUAGCAGUAUAGAAGAAUUACCUCAUGGACAAGGUUCCCGAGGCUCUGAGUCAAGUCCUUCCCAUCCGUCUCCAGUGCAACCAGUCACGACCGCGCCUGAGGAGAUCUGGGUGCUACGGAAACCAUUUGCAGGUGGCGAUCGCAGCAGUGCAGGGAGCACAGGAAGCGUGGUGAGCGCUCGGAGCUCUGGAAGCGGCCAGAGUGCGGGGGGCACCGCUGCAACCUCGGGUUCCGAGGGGACUAAGUUACUACAAACAGUGCUAACCCAGAAGGGAUCUGCUCCAGAGACAACAGGAGGUGAAGGAGUUGCCAAAUCGGAGCAGCCUGCAGGAGCUGCCCGGCACCAGAGCGGAUCCAGCUGCCCAUUGGCAGAGCAACCGUAUAGCGAGCCACAGCUGAAGAAGGCUGAGGCACAGUCAGAAACGAAGAGCCCAGAGACAGUUUUUAACUGGCUCAGUGAAUUCCAACUCCAGCAGUAUGCUGCUAACUUUAUCAAUGCUGGCUAUGACAUUCCAACCAUCAGCCGCAUGACCCCCGAGGCUCCCAUCUCCAUUCAGCCUCCUUCAGCUAAGAGGGAGGGUGAGUGCCGAGCAAGCGAUGGACGUCUCCACAACUUUGGCAACAGCUCAAUCAACAGGAGGCGUGCUGUCUUAGGGGCGAGUCUGUCUAAACCAGAUUUACCUCCCCCGAAGGAUCUAACAGCAAUUGGAGUAACAAAACCUGGACAUAGGAAAAAGAUUGCCAUUGAAAUAAAUCGGCUGAAUCUCUCAGAGUGGUUGCCCAACUACCAACCAAAUGAUCUGAUGGAAUGGCUCUCAAUCAUUGGUCUUGCUCAAUAUUACAAGACGCUUGUGGAGAAUGGUUACGAAAACAUUGAGUUCAUCACCGACAUCACCUGGGAGGACCUCCAAGAAAUUGGCAUCACAAAGUUAGGGCAUCAAAAGAAAUUUAUGCUCGCUGUGAAGAAACUGGCUGAAAUCCAGCGAGCUACCCGCUAUGACUCUGGCACUCUGAAGAAGAAAGCCCCGCAGUCACUGGAGAUUGUGGCCAUUGAGUCUCCUCAAGGUGAGAAUGCCGAAAGCCAGUCUCCCAAGAUGUCGACUUUCCAAGACAGCGAGCUGAGCAACGAGCUGCAGGCCGCCAUGACCAGCGCCGGUGACGCAAAGGACGGCCUUGAGCUGAGGCAGGCCAACCACAUCAUGCCAGCUCCAGAGGGCACUGUGUACCAACUGCAAGGGGCCACCCAAGAGGGCGACAACAGCGGCGGUGGCAAGACAAAGCCGAAUGGCACUGCUCAAGAAAUGUUGGGAGGAGGGAACCAGUUACAAAGAGCGGCUCUGUCCAAAAGCCAGGAAAACCUGGAGGGCCCGAGCUACCGAUCAAUAGUCACAGAACAAGUUGGCCCCACAAGACGGAGUCACCGGCAAGGGGUUCAAAGAGCUAGUGUACCUCCAGCUCCUGGGAAGCCAAGAGAGUCCUUCUCCCAUGCUCAUCAAACGCUGGUCUCAAUGUCAACAUUUACUCCACCGCAGACGCCCACGAAGCCUAGGCCUUCCUCUCCACAGACUCUUAAUGUUCCUCAGGCAACAGCCAAAGUGAAGCCCAUCCCGCAGCUCCUGCAGACGGACAGGCCGAUGUCCCCGAGGUCACUCCCACAGUCCCCCACGCACAGAGGCUUUGCCUACGUGGUCCCACAGCCUGUGGAAGGUGAAGGGAUGACAGGGCCUGGCCACACAUCUAGCCCGCUAGCCCAGGCUGUCCCUGUUCUGCCUGUCUCUGUUCCGGUGCUUUGCCUUCCUCCGCACGGAGACGAUUCCGAGGGAGACCCUUCGAGGCCAAAGAAGCGAGCGCACAGCUUAAGCCGCUACGCCAUGUCGGACAGCGAGCAAGACAAGGAUGAGCUCGCCGUGCCCGACGCUGGUCCUUACGCCACCAUCCAGAGGCACGUGGCGAGGAGCCACUCAGUGAGAGGCCAGUCUUCAGCCGAUAAAAACGUUAACCGCAGCCAGUCGUUUGCCCUGAGACCAAAGAAGAAAGGACCGCCCCCACCACCUCCAAAGCGGUCCAGCUCUGCCAUAUCCAGCACCAAUCUGGCUGACGACUUGUCGAAGGAAAAGGAAAUGGGGACCAUCAAGGACUUUGAUGCCAAAGCCAGGUUCAAGGAGCAACGGCGAGCCAGUGACUUCGGGGGGACCGUGGAGACGGGCAGCGUCGGCAGCGUGAAGAGCAUCGCUGCCAUGCUUGAGAUGUCGUCGAUUGGUGGGGGUGGCAGGGCGCUUACCCUGCACCGAUCGUUCAAGGCAGAGAGGGGUCUCGGAGGCUCCUAUGGCCAAAUGAUACAACCAACCAGCUCGGAACAUUCCAGAGUGGCCACGGUGCUGGCCACAGUGAAGCGAGGGCCUCUCGACAGGUCCCGGGAUGCAAUCGGAUUAGACGGCGAGAUUAUUAACAGGAGACGGACAAUUAGCGGCCCUGUCACCGGCCUGAUCGCAGCCGCAAAGAAAGACAGGCCCGAAAGCGGCAAACCGGUGGCAGAAACGGAGUUACCCGUGGAUAGGCUUCAAGUGGAUCAGACCGGAUCUUCCAGAAACAGCUCCUCCGAAAACUUACCGUUCGCUGAAGAAGGGAACCUCACAAUCAAGCAACGGCCUCGCCAGCCCCUGAAGCCUGACACCGCCGAAUGUCUACCCCACCUUCAGGUUAACUCCGAGGCCGUGAAGCAGCAGUAUUCUGGCUUCACCGCGUUCGAACUCACGAGCACACUGAAAAGGAGAGGGAAGCCAAGGCCAACCCAGCAGCAGGAAGUUGUGGCAUUUCAUUUAACAGAGUCGAACACUGUGAAGCGGCGGCCGAAAACCAGGGAGAAGGAGCAACUGGAAUCCCCUCAAGAGGCCCAGCUUCACGCAAUGCUUCAGAAUGGCACAGGAACCAUUAAAAGAAGGCCCGUGUCAGACAUGACUGGAGGUGAAACAUAUCCGAGCUUCCUGACUGUAGGAGAAAUCCCCAGAAGAAACAGCGGAGAGCAUUCCUCCCACCUUUCAGAAGGGGAGACGAAAAGACCUGUUAAACCCCCAGUGUCUCCAAAACCUUCACUUACUCAGCCAACAGGCAUAAAAAGACAUGGACCACCCUCAGCCAGUGCCAAGAAGUCUCCAUUGCCUGGUCCCGGGAGCCCAGAAGUGAAACGUGCCCCACCCCCUGUGUCUCCUAAACCAAUCCUACCUCCCCCUCUGACUCCACCCAAACCCAUCAAACCUCACACCAUUCUUCAGUCCCUGAGUGCAGGCCCAACCCCUGUCCCCUCUCCUGCCAAGCAACCAACUAUUAAAGCAGCAAGCACACCAGCAUCUCUGUGUUCGAGCCCAGCUAAACCGAUCACCGGAGGCCAGCCACAACAGGUCCCCAUCAAGCCGCCGAGGUCCUCAAUAGCUGGGUCUUCCACAGAGAUGGCCACGACAGAAGUAGCACAACUGAAGCUGGAGGAAACCAGCGCCUCAUUGGCAGCAGCUUUACAGGCCGUGGAGGAGAAGAUUAAACAUGACGAGGGCCAGGAAGCAGAGGCUACAUCUGAAGUAAAGAGCACAGGCAGCAUUCUAGAUGACAUUGGCAGUAUGUUUGAUGACUUGGCUGACCAACUGGAUGCCAUGUUAGAAUGAAGGAGAAGCAUUAACGGCAAGAAAACCUCAGGACUCAAAGUGGGCACAGUGAUCUUUAAAAUCCUAUCCAGACCAGUCUCGGACACAAUUUCCCUCCAUGAACCCAUUUGUUUUUUCGGUUUGCACAAUUGAAGGAAAAACAAACACACAAAAAAAAUCCCAAUUAGAUUACCUCAGGAUCUUGUUGUACGAAGAUCUGCUGGAUUGAAUUUACCGACACCAUCUUUCAACCAAAACAAUAACAAAAGGCUAAUGAUUUGGGAUCUGCAGCAGACAGAGAUGAUGCGAGGUUGAAUUGUUAUAAUAUAGAUCCGAGAUCUUGCAAACGGGAGGGUGUUUAAACUCUUAGAAUAUUUUUUUUUUAAAAAAGGUGUUAAUGUGAGAUGUAUAUGUACACUGUAAGCAUGAGAAAUAAGAUAGGUUUGUAAACAUUCAUCACAGAUGAUGGAAAUUGUGCAUAAGGACAUGGUUUAAUUGUGACACUAAAUUUCAAGCUUUUUUUAUCCCCCCCUGGUUGCAAUGAUAAUCACAGUGGCUAUUGGGAUUUGGGAUGGGCUGUUUUAUGUUGCUUUCUGUUUAAUAGUAUUAGUAAUUCUGUCAGUCAGAGGUGAUACAGAGAUUAGAAACAGAAAAUUGCUGGAAAUGCUCAGCAUCCGUGGAGAGAGAAACCGUGUUAACGUUUCAAGUCAAUGUCUUAUCGUCAGAACUGGCACAGGUGAUACUGCGGUACUUGAGGGGCUAGAGGAAGGAACGAUGCUUCUAUAACGACACUCAACUGGUCAAGGAGGAAUCAGCAGUUGACAGUUUCACAGAGGGAGUGAGCCACUGUAUGAUUUAGUGGGUAAAUGCAACACGCAAUUGACUCAGGAAUAAGGGCAGGGCUGGGUAAGAGUACUAUUCAGUCAGGUUUCCUGCUCCUGAUCACUACCCAGUGACUCCUGUUGGAAACUGUCCAUCUAGCACCCCUGAGGGAAUAAUUAUGGUUAACAGUAAUGCCUGUUGCAGUGGAACAGACUGCUGCUAUUCACUGUCCAGAUUCCCAAUUGAAGAAUGACCAGUUGAAUGGGUGCCGGAGGACUUUUGAACAACGACCAGUGAGUCAGCAUCUUCAGGGAAGGACGAAGAUCACAAAGCAAGGUGCAAUAAUCUAAAACAACAGCAUUGAAAUGAGUAAUAAUUCACUGCCUAUCUAUCAUGUUAUUUAAUUGGAACUUAAUGUUUUGUUUGGGAGGGAGAGAGGAUAAAACAAAUUCAAAAGUGAAUAUAAAAUAUAAUAUUCUCAACUCAGCUCAUUGCAAUCGAAAAAUAAUUUGAUUUAAGCUACACAUGAAAAAGAAACAGAGACAUUGAAAACUAACUUUCAGUGACAAAGAACAAGGAUUGACAAAAUGUCAGUCAAACCUUUUGCCACGUCCUUAUGAAAGGGGGAUUGAGGUGCAUAAAGUUGGGUUGAAUGACGCCAACAUCUAUCAAUAUAUUUUGAAUGAAAUUGUUCAUUGGGGGGCGAAAUGUUGCUGAGCUUCAUUCAGUUGGAAUGUGGUAAUUUCCAUUCACUCUAAUAAUUAGUGAAAUCCUUUGUAAUUAUCGGUGGGUUUUUUUGCACAUGAUUUUGUCGAGUUUAAAAAUGAAUAAUCCUGAAUUUCAUCCUCUUGCAUAUUUUGUCACACGCCUAAAAUAUGCUUGUAAAUGCUGUAAAGGUGCAGGUUGUAAGGGAGCAGUUUUAAUUCCAAAUGAUUUUAUUGCUGUGGAUCUUGUUACAUGCUCAGUAAGCAGCAUAACUUUAAGAAAGAUAGAGGUUGCACUUAUAUAGUGUUUUGCACAAUCUCAGGCCAUCCCAAAGUGCUUUACAGGCAUUUAAGUAUAUUUGAAAUGUAGUCACUGGUGUAAUGUCGGAAAUGUGGCUGCCAUAUUUGCACACAGCAAGCUCCCACAAACCACAAUGAGACAAAUUACCAGAUCACCUCUUUUUAAUGGUUGGAUGAAGGAGACGUAUUGGUCAGGGCACCAGGGAGAACACCCCUCAAAAUAAUGCCUUGGGCUCUUUUAUAUUCACAUGAGAGGGCAGACAGCACCUUGCACCGUGGUUUAACAUCUCAUCACAAAGACAGUACAGCUGAAAUCUUCAAAUCUUUGGAGUGGGACUUGACUUAGAGGCCAGAGCAACACCCACUGAGCCAAGGAUGGUGCAUGGUGAUAAAUGACCAGUCAAUCUGGUUUAGUGAUGGAUUGAGAGAUAAAUAUUGUUUGGGAUAUAAGGAGAACUCUCCAGCUCUUCAGUGAACGGUGCCAUCGGAUCUUUAACAUCCACCUCAGUGGGCAGAUGAGGCGUUAGUUUAACUUCUUAUCUGGAACACAUCAUUGCUGACAAUGCAGCACCCCCCCUCAUACUGCACUGGGAGUGUCAGCAUCGAGUACUCCACCUGAGUGAGAUUCUGCACCGGGAAAACUUACUUUAUAGGGAGCUAUGGAAUGGAUGGACAUUGAUUCUGUGUCCUAAGUACUGCGGACCGGUUUGUUUAAUUCUCAUGCUAUCGGUGUCAAAUGUUGCUGCUUCCUUUAAACCUGAUUGAGAUUCAUGGGGCUCAUUUCCUAGUAAGGCAGAUUAUCCUUAAGUAGUUGAAACCGGGAGAGGUUUGCAAGCUCAGUCACUGCCAGAGAAGCUGAAUUGCCUAAGGUAAUGGUUUUAGUUUUGCCAAAGCAAAGAUGAGCAGAGCUCACCCAUUUUCCCUCAGCAGAGUAAAAAGCACUAAACGGGGAAAAAAAUGGUUAAUUGCUUGGUUGUUUUUGGUGAAUUCAAAUCCUGUGCUUUAUGUGCACUGUGAUUUUGAAGCUGUUAGUUAAUGCUUCUGACCAUUCACCAGGUCAUCUCAAUAUGUUGACAUAGAUUGGCCCAUCUUUGAAAGGUGCUUGUGUCUUUUUUUUUGUAGUUUAUUUCUACCAAGAGCCCCUCAUUCACACAAUUCAAACAAUUCAAUGUUUUAAGGACCUGGAAACCAUCAAGCAUUUUAUACACUGACAUAAUAUCCUUUUGUCUACUGUCAGGCCAAAUACUGUAGGUUUUUCUAGUGAGAUGUCUUUAGUUAGAAUCACUUGUCUCCAAAACUGUAGUAACAAAGGCAUGCUGACUCACAGGAAAGUGAAAUGAAACCCAAACCAGAUAGCCUAUCUCCAUCUUCCCCUUGUUCUGAUUUCAUUCCUGUGUGUGCUGGUACCUGCUCAAUUGUCCUCGUCUGCAAUAUAGCAAGUUAAAAAUGGAGACACACAAGACUUGUCGUAUAGUCGCCUUCUUCUUUCUUAUGGCUGAUGUAGAUGUAGAGCAACAACUAUAAUUUUACAUUCAGGUGGUUAAGCCAGAUAAUUGUGUCGGGAGUGGCUGAGUUUAUCGCUGGGAUGUGUUGAGUCAUUAGGUGUUCCAUGACCUGUUCUAGGUGACAACAAUCGCACACUGGAGCGAUUUUAAUUUUGCAUUUGCGCACCGAGCAUCCACAACUGCCUUGGUUUUGUGUGGUUGCAUUAAGGGCACAUCCAGUUGGGGCACCCUAAGUUUAACUCCAUUUUCAUCAUAGUAGUUAAGGUCAGCAAAUUAUUCCUGGAUCUUUGCCAUACAACCACGAUACUAAACUGUACUAAACAUGUUGUCUGGCCUGUUUUUAAACUGAGAGGCUCAGGAUUGACACUAUGCAGGAUGCAAACGGCAUGGCAGAACAAUACUCUCUGUUAUUGCUAUUCUCCACCUUUUAAAGGGUUAAGAACAAACAGAACAUUUAUGCACACACACACACACUUACUUAAAUUCCCUGGUUUGGUUGUAAGCUCAAGGAUCCUGAAGGGCUUUUGCACACGUUCUAAUUACACCAGCUUUAUUGGUUAGGCUAUUUUGGAAGCUUAAAGAAGCUCAGCCAGUUAAGCAAUUCCAGAUGUGCAUCUUCUGCCUCCCUGUGGCAGGUUUAGGUCAUUGCAGAAAUAGAAAUUCAUUACCAUGAAGACAAACAAGUGAAGGCGUACUUAAUGUUAUUUAUGAAGUGAAGCAUUGGAAUUUCCCAUAAAUGGAAAUCUAAUCCACAUCAUCCUUUUAGAAAGAAACAGAAAAUGUUUAAAAUAUUUGCGAAUGAUCCUAUUCACAGAUGAGAGAUUUUACUGACCCAAAAUUCUAUAUUAAAUUAUAUAUUAAGGUGACUUACUCUAGCACAAGCUGAAGACUCCUGUAAAAUUCUACUUUAUUUUGAAGCCAUUUUUAAAUAAGAUAUAUAUAAAUGAUGUUUUUAGAUUAUCAUUUUAAUUUUGUUGAUUUUAUUUCCUUUGGUGUUUUCAAUGUUGAAGCAAAAGCAUUGUAUGCAUUUUUUUAAAAAAUGAACAAUGACGUGCCUUGUUUAAGUUGAAGAUUUCUUUUGUCAAUUGUUUUAUGACAUUAAGUUUUAUUUUCAGUUUCACUUGUAUGUGUGUUGGGGAGGAACACGCCUGUUGUAAUAUCAACUGUACAAACCGUGUAUAGAGUCUGGUUUAACGCCUGAAUUACAAUGAAUGCAUCUAUCUGCCUGUGGUUUGAAAAAAAAAAGUGUCAAUUGUAAUUCUCGGAUUUGAGCUAUUAAUUGUCUUAUAUCGUGUCCAAUGACCCAGUGUGUUUGUCACAGUUUUGAAAUUUCUUCAAAGCCUGAAAAAUAACCGAUGUAAAUUGUAAAAAAACAAAAAAUUUAGAAAGCCCAUAAAAAAAAUUGUACGACUGUUAUAUUUUUAUUAAGUUAUGAAACCGUAUUGUAUUUUCAUUAUGUAAAGCUAUGCAUCUUGACGCUUCAUGCUAUUCUGUGCUCUAUUGAAAGUGAUUAAUGUUGUUAGGUGUGUUGUGCUGUUCGAAGAGGAUUCCAUUUCUUGUCAGUUUUAUCUACAAGAAGCAACUUCGAUCUUACAGAGAGUUGGAAGAAGAGAAAAUUGUCCACUUAAUGUAUUCUGGGAAGCCAGUUUAUUUUUAUCUUUGAAAAAAAAGGGACUACGUUUUCAGUGGAAAUCCUCCAGUGUCAGGCUGCAAAAUGUGUAUGUCCUGUUGAACUCUGCCAAUGACUGUAUCAUAACCAACAUGACAGGCAUGUGGCAGUGUUGUGCUUGACUGAUUGCAUUUACUGCCAUUGGCUCUAAAUAAAUGUUAAAAAAAAGUUA